GUCUGGAUCAUUUUUGGCCACACUGCCUACAACAGCGUGCGAAUUCAGGCUAGUCUAUUCAUUGAAGAGCUGCUUCUCUCAGGACUGUUGUUGCUUCGUCGCUUCGUAUUGCGCUCUUUUUCUUUCGUUUCUUGCUUUCCAACCAAACAAGGGUAAACAUGACAGCUACACGCUCGAAAUUGACGUCUGCGGCCGUCGUGCUCUUCGCCUCCGUGCUGCUGCUGAGCUGCUACGCCAUCGCACCGGCGGCAGCCGAUGACGGCGGUCUCGCUGUGCAGGUCGCCCCCGGUCGGACCAACUGCUUCUAUGAAGAUGCCCCCGGCGUUGGCAUUAAGAUGUUCCUGCAUUACAUGGUGAGCUCCGGUGGCUCGAUGGACAUUGACUGCCAGAUCAUUGGUCCCGAUAAGAAGCUGAUCUGGAGCGCCAUCCGCGACACGGAAAACCGCGUGCUCUUCAAGUCGCGCUUGCCCGGGCCGCACGCCUUCUGCUUCAUCAACCGCAUGAGCACCGUCACGCCGAAGGUGGUGUCCUUCUCGGUCAUGGUCGGCGAGGCGGAGGUGGCCGGGCCGAACGGCGGUAUGCCGGUGGAGAAGGACUCGCUCUACCGCUCCAUUAAACGUCUUCAGGAGGGACUGGGCGAGAUCGAGGAGCUGCAGCAGCUGAUGCGCGUCCGUGAGCAGGACCACCGUGCAACGACGGAGGUGGCGAACACCCGCGUCGUGGUGUUCUGUAUCCUCGAGAUCAUCUUCAUCGCUGGGAUGGGUGCAGGAAGCGUGGUGUACCUGCGGAAGCUGUUUGUGACGAAGCGUAUGGUGUAA